AUGGGAGUCGACACAAUGGACAGGAGAGCACGUGGCACACGGAAAACACAUGUACAUUUUAAAGUUAGACAUUUUAUUACCCUUUUGUUCCUUUCAGAUGAGAACACUGGUUUAUCUUCUGAUGAAGAAACAGUCUCAACAUCAAAAGAUCAGCUGAAGGCCAAGAGUUUCUCCUGCGUAACCUGUGGGAAAACAUUGAGCUCACGGGGAAAUUUAGCGAGACAUGAGAGAAUACACACAGAACCGAAAGACUUGACCUGCAGGAUAUGUGACAUAAGCUUUCCUACCUCAAAAGAGAAGAGACGUCAUUCAAAAGAGCACAAGAAGAAAGAGUUUCACUGUGAACAGUGCGGGAAGGAUUUUUUCAAUUCUUCAAGUCUAAUAGCUCAUGUAAAGACACACAGCAAAAAGCUUUUCCACUGCAGCGAGUGCGACAAGUAUUUAAGCACCAAAGAACGUCUUGAUACUCAUAAGCGAAUCCACACAGGCGAUAAACUUUUCCACUGCAGUGAGUGCAACAAGUAUUUCAGCAACAAAGGGAAUCUUGAUGCUCAUAAGCGAAUCCACACGGGUGAAAGGCCGUACAAGUGCCCUCACUGCGAGAAGAGUUACAACCAUGGAUCCCAUCUGAAGAAGCAUGUACGGAUUCACACCAACGAGAGGCCGUACCAGUGCAGCGAAUGUGGGAGAACCUUCACAAACUCAAGCUGUCUAAAGUCACACCAGAAAAUACACUCUGAGGAGAAACCAUAUCAGUGUUCACACUGCGAUAAACGAUUUCGUCAAAAAGCUCAAUUGAUUUGCCAUGAGAGGACUCACACCGGAGAGAAACCGUACCUGUGCUCCUACUGCGGGAAGAGCUUCUUAAAUCCGACUCAUUUUAGAGUUCAUCUGAGAGUUCACACUGGAGAAAGACCGUAUCACUGUGACGUUUGUGGGAAGAGUUUCAGUAAGUGGGGUACCUUACAAAAUCACCAGCGGAUUCAUACAGGAGAAAGACCGUUCAAGUGUUCUCAGUGUGACAAGACGUUUGCUCGGUUAAACGUCCUGAAGACUCAUGAGCGAGUUCAUACAGGAGAGAAGCCUUACCGCUGCUCCAUCUGCGACGAGAGAUUCGCUUAUUUAGGUAGUUUUUAUAACCACCAGAAGAAACACGCUAAAGAACAAACUGCUCCUGAAUCAUCAUAGUGUCU